CCUUGCAUCAUCAUUGUUGCAAUGUUGGGACGGCCCUAUAAAUUAGGUCAAAGACGAUCUGCCAAUGAUACAUAUACCGUACUUAAUUAGGGUUUGAGUGUUAGGGUUUGGAACGAAAACAUUGCAUGAUCGAAGACUGCACAUGCGUCAAAGAAGUUCACAUCUUCCCGGAGGCCUUUCUUCACAGCAGAGCGCAGCUAGAAGAGCGGGAGAGCGAGCUGGAAAGAUUAGCCAAUUGAGCAUCCCCCACGUCUUGCCAAAGUGACAGGCUUACAAGGUGUUGGCGCAAAAGGUCAGCAAUGGCUGCUGCGGCAGCACGCACAGGCCGAUCUCCAGACAUGUUGGCCGGAAGCCAUGAGGCCCCAGAAUUUGACCACCUGUUCAAACUGCUGCUGAUUGGGGACAGCGGGGUUGGGAAGAGCUCGCUGCUUCUGCGAUUCACAGCGGAUACUUUUGAUGACCUCUCGCCCACCAUUGGCGUCGACUUCAAGCUGAAAAUGCUCACUCUUGGGGGCAAGCGGAUAAAGCUCACAAUUUGGGACACAGCCGGACAAGAGCGGUUUCGUACGCUGACCAGUUCCUACUACCGGGGGGCUCAAGGAAUCAUCCUCGCGUACGACGUCACCCGGCGGGAGACGUUUACGGACCUUUCGGACAUCUGGCUCAAGGAGGUCGAAUUGUACAGCACGAAUCCGGACUGCAUAAAGAUGCUCGUGGGGAACAAAGUCGACCGGGAAAGCGAGCGGCAGGUGACGAAGGAGGAGGGGAAGGCGUUUGCGCGGCAGCACGGGUGUCUGUUUCUCGAGGCGAGCGCCAAGACGCGGCGAGGGGUGCAGGACUGCUUCCAAGAGCUUGUGCAAAAGAUCCUUGAUACCCCCGGUUUGGUUGAUGUGGGUCGACCAUCUGGCGACCACUUACGGUUAAACGCGGAUCAGCAAGCAUCAAGCAGUGGUUGCGCAUGCUAGCUGCAUUAUCUAUCUUUGAGAUUGAACUUGGUAGACGACAUCAGGUAAUGCCCUUUAUUUGCGACCUCGCCCUCAAGGAUUGUAGAUAACAGAACAGUUCACGUGUGAUGUCUAAUGGAGAAAGUCAGGGCUUUCUAGCUCGCUCGUGUACAUACAUAGACAAACACUCCUUGGACUCUCAACAACGCCCCAGCAGAAAAGCGUCGUUCAGAUGAAUUCAUUGUAGCAUUGGCCGGUCAGUGUCUCGUUUACUUUUAAGUAGGAUGCGUUGAAAAUGAUGAUAGUAUUGUCACUAUCGGAGCCUGUUGAAGUAGCUCUAGUGGCAACGUGCG